UAUUGUAUAACGUUCAGCCCCUUUCAUUCAAAUCAAACCCUGCUCUACUCCUCUCCAAUCUUCAACUUUCUGCUCCUCCCCUCCGAUCAAACGACGCCGGCAACUGCAGCUCCGAUCAUACCAGCCGCGCUCGCCCUCCGUUUUGGUUACUUGCCGUCUCGGUUUAAAGGUGUUGCUUUACGUGGAGGUGGAGAUGAAAGUAAAAGUAAUGCUAUGUUCGGGGUUUGGAAAGAGUGGCAUGCUGUUGCAUCAUGGACUUGGAAUGCCCAAGAUGAAACAUGUGGAAUUUGUAGGAUGGCCUUUGAUGGUUGUUGCCCUGAUUGCAAGCUCCCUGGAGAUGAUUGCCCAUUGAUUUGGGGUGCAUGCAACCAUGCUUUCCAUCUUCAUUGCAUCCUAAAAUGGGUGAAUUCACAGACUUCUCAGGCUCAUUGCCCCAUGUGCCGCAGAGAAUGGCAAUUCAAGGGCUGAUAUCGCAAUUUUAUCACAUGUGACUGGUACUUCAUUACAACGUUUUUUUUCACUAACCUAAAGCCUAAAGACAUUGAAGGUUUUCCACACUAAACUCACCGACUAUUUGAACAUUCGAUGCCUAGUUAGGUGUUGCUGAGAGACAGUGGGCCUUAGCUAACAAGGUAGCUCCUUGGAGCAAUUCUAAGGUUACAUUUUAUUCAGUGUAUUAUAUAAUAUGAUUGCGAAUUGAAGCCAAGUUUGUGUUUCUCAAGUCUUAUCGAGUUCCACCUUCUCUGUAUGCUUGAAUAGGACCUUACAAUACGAAAAGUGCAGGGUUGAAGUUUGAUCCUAUUAGGAUUAGAUGACGUGAAAUAACCAUUAAUUCUUUGUUUUCUAUCUGUCAUUGGCUGUUAGAAAGUUGGAAUUGUGGAAAUGGUUUGCAUUUGUAGAAUUCAUAUUUAUAUUUAUAGUUCUUGUUAAAUAGAUUUUUCUCAAUUGUAA